GGAAAAGCGCACAAAAGCGCACCGGCGUGGGCCCCGCCACCUCAUCCCCCCUCUCAGCUCUCGCUCGCUCGCUCGCGCUUGCUCUACGCUACUACCACCAGCCUCUGCCUGCCUUCCUCUUUCUUCCCCUUUGCAGCCAGCUCUCUGCUCUCUGCAUCUCUCUCUUCCUGCGUCCCCUUCCCCUCUCUCUCUCUAAAGAAAGGUUGUUUUUAACUAGGGUUCUGGCCCCUUUCCAGAAGCUCCUGGGUUUCUGUUGCGGACCCGAGCCCCCGCGGAGCGCUCGGGGUGCUCCGGCGGAUCUGAGCUGAGGAGUCGACGGCGGCUGCUCUGCCUCAGUCCGGUUCCUUGUAAUUAUUGAUCGGGAAACACUGUGAAGAAGAGUUUGUUGGCAUCAUACAUCUCCUGAAGCUGGUUUGAAGUUUGCUGAUAGGAAAGGUCAUGGGCGCUCUCUGCGAUUUCUGUGGGGAGCAGAGGUCCAUGGUUUACUGCCGAUCAGAUGCAGCAUCCUUGUGUUUAUCAUGCGACCGUAAUGUUCAUUCAGCUAAUGCACUUUCUCGGCGCCAUACAAGGACCCUUUUAUGUGACCGGUGUGCUUCACAGCCUGCUAUGGUCCGCUGUCUAGCGGAGAAUGCCUCACUUUGCCAAAAUUGUGAUUGGAAUGGCCACAUUGCAGGAUCCUCAGCUGCCGGACACAAAAGGCAGACUAUAAAUUGCUACUCAGGAUGUCCAUCAUCUGCAGAACUUUCUAGAAUAUGGUCCUUCGUUUCAGAUAUUCCUAAUGUAGCACCUGAGCCGAACUGUGAGCAAGGAAUAAGCAUGAUGAGCAUCAGCGACAGUGGUGUCAGUAGUCAAGAUAAUGCUGCAGGGGACAAUAAUUUGUUAGAUAUAGCUAGCGAAACACUUAUAAGUGAUCUUGGUACUUGUGACAAGCCUUUGGUAGGUUCCUCUUCAGGAGCUGGAGUGAACCUGCUUCCGCUUGCUACUGAUCAGACAGCUGGAUCUGUGGACUCCCCACCAGAUAAGGAUUCCUGUGUGCAGGUUCCCUAUACACCAGAUAAAGAUAUGUUCAGUAAGGACAGCAUAUAUGAAGAUUUUUGUGUGGAUGAUGUUGACCUUGCUUUUGAAAAUUACGAAGAACUCUUUGGUACCUCUCAUAUUCAAACAGAGCAACUGUUUGAUGAUGCUGGAAUAGACAGUUACUUUGAAGUGAAGGAAGCACCUGCUGGGAAUUCCACCGAGCAAUCCAAGUUGAAGCAACCUGCUAAUAGCAAUGCGGUAUCUGCUGACUCUGGGAUGUCGAACCCAGGAGUGAAAGGUGAUUCCAGUGUUUGUAUCCCUUUGAGGCAGGCUAGGUCUAGUCUGUCUCUUUCCUUUUCCGGUUUGACUGGGGAGAGUAGUGCUGGAGACCACCAAGAUUGUGUGGUAUCAUCAUUGCUUCUUAUGGGUGAGCCUCCUUGGCAGCCUCCUGGCCCUGAGGGCUCAAUUGCUGGAGGUAGUAGAGACAGCGCUAUCACACGAUACAAGGAGAAGAAGAAGAGAAGAAAGUUCGACAAGAAGAUCAGGUAUGCUUCUCGCAAGGCUAGAGCAGAUGUGCGAAAGAGGGUCAAGGGACGAUUUGUUAAGGUUGGUGAAGCAUAUGACUACGAUCCUCUCUGCCAAACAAGGAGUUACUGAAGCGAUUUAGAUUAGCAAACUUAAACCAAGGCUCGUUGCAGCUAGAGCAAAAGCACUGGCAAUCCAAGCUAUUGGGCUAAAUCGCGCCUUUGAAAAGAACAACAAAAAAAGGGAGAAAGCCGUCGGCAUGAUAAAAAAAAUACAAAAAUAUUUGGAUGUUUCAGAAGUUUUUGGAUGAAGAUCCUCCUUUUUUCUCCUGUACAGUGGAUGGAAACUGCAUCUUCCGUUUCUUUUUGCUGGAGCGAUUUGAGUUACUCUUCACCUUUUGUGAAGUAGCCUGAACCCAGCUAAACAGACUUGUUGCAUUUUUAUCUCCGUUCUGCUGACUCUGGCAUCGGUCCACGUGCAUAGUCUGGCAGCUGCGGUGUUUUUGGAGGCGUUCGUACCAGAUUAGACAAAGAUGGCUUUAGAUGUGACCUGUGAAGUUUCCUUCUAUUAUUAUCAUGUAAAAUUUGCUGGGAUCUGCAGUGUUUCAGCUAUUAUGAGUGUGUAAUUACCGGGUCGGAGUCAACCUGGUGGUCAGUUUGAUCUUUUUAAGUUGGUGAUGGAACCCAUGUAAUAACUGGACAGUGGACACCAACUUUCUGUGCUCACUCUGUCCAACCAAACCAACUUCCAGACUGACUCCUGUUAUUAUUAUCUGUAUUGUGUACCAACUACUGAGCAAGUGAGCAUGUGCUCAAACCUCAAAUACGUCCUCUUGUAUCAAA